AAAUACCGGGGCAAAGCGGGGGAGUGAGCCACGCCACAGUCCGGUGUGGGGCAGCCUUCGUGGCCGCCCUCCUCUCUCCAAAAGCAACCUGCUCCUCGUUCCCCCCUUCUUCCUUUCUUCCCGCCCGUCCGAGAGGGACUGGGCUGGCGAAGCCUCUCCUGACAUCCCUGCGAAUGAUGCUGCAGAACGGAGGCCGCGCGGCUGUGGGAAUAUUUGUGUGUCACCAGAGGCUCAACUCACCCCCUACAUGUGGGGUAAAAACAUUCCCUGAUAAAGACGAAGAUAUACCGGGUGCAGCAGCAGCCGACAAGACCGCCGUCUUCUCACCAGCUUUAGGAGCUCCAAGAGCGAAUCUACCCCCUCUAAAAUACACACGCAGGCAAGAUAUUUGCAAUCAAGCUGCCACCAUUUGGCAAAGAGCUGUAUGCCGUGCACAAUCUAAGGGGAUCAGGAGCCUCAUCCUCGAAUCAUCUUGUUACUUCCUGCUGAAAUGGAUUUUCCCCACCUUCUUUUUCCUCCUUACACUGCGCUGGAAAUUGCCGAAGGCUUUUCAUCUUUAUAGACGCUAAGGAGUCUUUCGUGAAAACGAAGCGAUUUACAAUGCAAAUAGGGGCCUGUAAAGGAAUGGAUGCUCCUCUCUCUUAACGCAGCUUACGCAACUUAAUGGCUGGUUUUAUUUUCUGGUAUUAACAGACGAAUUGUUGGCUACCCCUGCCGGAAAUUACUGGCUGAAACAAAAAGUUAGGAAUAAACUUUGAAGGCAAGGGAUAGUUUUGUAGCUGCACAUAGAUACAGAAAUAUUUACAUAAAAGGAUGACAUUUUAAAGCAGCACUAGUUCUCAUGGAGGAAAUAAUACUUUUGCCAAAAAGAAUCUGGAUUGUAGCAAGGACGGAAAAAAAAAAAAAACAACAAACAAACACAAAAAACCUCUGAGGGAAGCGAGUUGUUAUCUUUGGUUAUCUAGCUGUAUGAGUGUUUUGGUCUUCAUAAAGCUAGAUAACCGAAAGUAAAAACUCCUUCAAGAUCAUCGUACAGCGUGUGAAAAUAAAAGACUGCUGCUAGAGACAGUAAAAAUCGAAAGGGGUCAGGAAUACUUAUUGAAUCUAACAUUUUUACAGCUGAAGGUGAGACUGGAGGAAGUUAAAUGGCAUAUUUAUUUCAAAAUAUGAAGUUUUUGCAUGGCACAGAAUGGACAUUCACCCUCUGCAGAGAGAACAUGGCACUAAUGGUAAACAGUGUAUGUGCAACUAUUACUAUUGAAAAAACCCCCCCAAAAA